AUGUGGGAGGUGCUUCUCGACAGGUCACAGCUGAUGGUACGUUCAGUCGUCGAUUAUCAGUCUUGGGCGAGAAGGACAGACGGAGAAGAUGUCUCCCUGUUCCAGCGGCUGUCUAGGGAGGCCAAGCCGACUUGGUGGCAAGUGCCUUUGAGACGACUUGUGCGCUCCUGGGUGUUUGAAAUCUUCUUUGCUGCAGUGAUAUUCACAAACUCCAUCUUCAUUGCAUAUCAAGUGGAGAUUGCAGCAAGGAACCUAGGCUCGAAACCAGAUUCCGUUCUAUUUCUCAUUGCUUCUGCGUACACGUUUUUGUUUACAUUUGAAUGGAUCGUUCGCAUCGCAGCUUGGGGACCGCGAGUGUUCUGUGGAGAGGAUUGGCAUUGGAUGGCCUUGGACACCGCUGUGGUGCUAUCAAGCCUCUUUGAGUUUGCCUUGGAGCUGCCCAUGCACCAGGAGCAUUCAUCCAGUACAAUCAGCAACAUGCGUCUCCUGCGCGUCCUGCGGGUUGCUAAAGUUACACGUGCCCUUCGGAUCGUGAGGGUCGUGAAGUUUGUCCGUUCUUUGAAGAGCCUUCUAUUCUGCAUUGGGCGCACCAUUCGUGCAUUGGCAUGGUCAGCAGUGCUCCUGAUGCUCAUCAUCUUUGUGUUUGGGCUGAUAUUCACCGACAUCACCACCGAGUUCCUCUCGAAUCCAGAAAAUACAAAUCUUUCGCAGAAGCACAUUGAAGAGAUGCUAGGUUUCUUUCCUGAGCGGUUUGGAGGUCUUGAGCUAUCGAUGCACACCUUGUAUGCCUCUAUCACUGGAGGCUUCACAUGGGUUGAAGCCCGUGACUUCUUCGGGAAGAUCAGCCUUGUUUGGGGUCUCCUGUUUGAAGCAUAUAUUGCGUUUUGCUUGUUUGCAGUUGGGCGCUCAGUUUGUGCUCCCGAAGUUGCAUUGAUGUAG